AUGGAAAAUUACGGUCUUAUGCUGCAUAGCUCAUGUUGCUCAGCCAGACGAGGAAAGCAGUGGGGAGUCUCUGGCAAAUCAGCUCCGCCAACAGGCUCUUGGCAUCGACGAACCAGCAGCGGAAAGAAAUAUUCCCCGACCCCGAUGCCAACCAUAAUACAACCCCACGAUGUAGUCGUAGGCAAUCGCACCGAAAACCAUCGCCAUCUCGAGACUUUUACCAACAUUUUCCUUUCCAAAAACGAUGUGAAUGGGCGGGGUUCGGUUCAAACAUCCGUCUCCGACGUAGAAAAAGACAUCAUUGUAGCCUCUAGAAACGGCUUCAUUAGCACUGUCCUAGCCUGGGAGCAACACCUACACCUCCAGCUACGACCUGAUGACGUUUGGCUAGCCAUCCUUGUUAAGUUCAGCUUUUUCGACCUCGUCGUCUUUGUCGAUGGCGGAGUCACCGCUGAGAACAUUGACGUGCCAGCAUUGACGGAGAAGCUGCUUGAAUACCGACGGUGUGAUGAGAAAUGGGAGAGGCUGGAGAUAUCUGGGGUUAGCGACUUUCCAGUCAUCGAUCAAAGUAAGCUACCUGUCGGCUUCACAAGCGUUCCUAUCACGUUUGGCAAUAGAAUUGCCGGAGGAGAAGGGGCGAGUGAUGAUACUGCUGAGACUAUACAACUGGCAGGAUGUGGAGGGAUGAGAUUGCUGAAUGGUCGGGAGUCGACGAGGGUAGCUCCGUGUUCGAGCUGGUGGCUCCUGCAGGAUAAGCCAGGGCCACGAGAAGGCAGAAGAAGCCAGGUGAACCUACCCAAGUUAAGUGCGAAGAAACUCGCGGAGCGCAAGCCAUUAUGCAGGAACCCAGGUCAGUGCCCCUUCCCUUCUUGCUUCUUCCAUCUUGCUUCUUCCAUCUUGCUUCUCUUCUCUCACCUACAAAAAGGCUUCUCCUUCUCACCCAGCCUUGCCAAUUUUUUCACCUCGACGCAGCACACUCACCUUGCCUUUCAUGCAACUGCUUUGCCAACUCUAUCCACCUCAUUCAUCAGUACAGGUACAGCUCGUACAUCUCUUACCACUACAACCAUGCCUCCUAAGAAGAACUCUGACGCCGGUGCUGCCGCCGCUGGCCUCGACUGCACUGAGUCCGAGAUCAAGCUCAUGAUCGCCAUCAUGGAGCUCAUGGCUCGUCCUGCUCUUGACUACGACGCUCUUGCCGCCAAGCUUGGCUCUGCCAGCACCAAUGCCGCCCGCAUGCGCGUCACCGCGGCCGUCAACAAGCACCCGACUUGGUUCACUGGCGGCGGCGCUGUUGCCACCAACGAGGACGGUACUCCGGUCAAGAAGGCUCGUGUCAAGCGCACCCCGAAGAAGAAGGCGCCUUCCGAUGAGGAGGACGGCAAUAAUGCUGAGAAGCAGGGCACGCCUUCCAAGAAGAAGGCACGUACUGCCAAGGUCAAGGAGGAGCUGGAGGAUACCACUGCCGAGGAUAUCAAGCCGAAGCUCGAGAAUGCUGAGAAUGCUGAGACCGCCGAGGGCCAGAUUUGA